CAGCUUCCCACUCCACUGCUCUCCGACAAAACCGUCAACACCACCCAACCUCGCCUGCCAAAGUCCAUCCACGCAAUUCAGCCAAAGCCUUCGUUCUAAGCUUUUAUCUUCGAUUUCCCGCCCAAUUUCCCGAAGUUUUACUUUGAAUAAAAUGGAAAGUAAAGGUUACACACAAGAUGGCACUGUUGAUCUCCGGGGACAUCCAGUACUCGCCCAUAGGACUGGCAAAUGGAAAGCUUGUGCUUUUCUCGUUGGGUACGAAGCAUUUGAGAGGAUGGCUUUCUAUGGAAUAGCUUCCAAUUUAGUGGUUUACUUGACGACCCAACUUCACGAAGACACAGUUCCUUCGGUUAGGAACGUUAACAAUUGGUCUGGGGCAGUGUGGAUGACACCAAUUCUGGGCGCCUAUAUUGCUGAUUCUUACUUGGGUCGCUUUUGGACCUUCACCAUCUCAUCUUUGAUCUAUGUCAUGGGCAUGGUACUUUUAACAAUGGCGGUUUCCAUCAAGCAUUUCAAACGAACUUGCAUAAAUGGAAUCUGCAAAAAGGCUUCUACUUCGCAAGUAGCAUUCAUCUAUGCUUCUCUCUACAUAAUUGCCAUUGGGGCUGGUGGAACUAAACCGAAUAUAUCAACCUUCGGCGCUGACCAGUUUGAUGAUUUCAAUCCGAGUGAGAAACAGCUCAAGGCUUCAUUCUUUAAUUGGUGGAUGUUCAGUACCUUCACUGGUGCUCUAUGUGCAACACUUGGCCUUGUGUACAUUCAAGAGAACUUGGGUUGGGGAUUAGGAUAUUGUAUCCCUACUGCUGGACUUAUAUUAUCCUUGAUUAUAUUCUACAUUGGCACCCCAUAUUACAGGCACAAAGUUAAGAAGGCCGAGAGUCCUGCGGGCGACCUAUUACGAGUCCUUGUCACUGUAAUUAAAAAUAGAAAGCUUGAGCUCCCCAUCCACCCAUCUCAGCUUUAUGAGCUUGACCAGCAGUAUUACCUUAAUACAGGAAAACGCCAAAUCCAUCAUACUUCAUUGUUCAGGUUCUUAGACAAGGCUGCAAUUAAGCAAGAUGGGGACAGGUCAUGGAGGCAACCGUGCACGGUGACUCAAGUGGAGGAAUCAAAACUAAUCCUGGGAAUGGCCAUGAUAUGGCUUGCAACCUUAAUCCCCAGCACCAUCUGGGCACAAGUCAAUACUCUUUUUGUCAAGCAAGGCACCACUUUGGAUAGACACUUGGGCAGCACCUUUCAGAUUCCUGCUGCAUCCCUAGGGAGUUUUGUCACACUCUCGAUGCUACUCACCGUACCCAUGUAUGACCGUUAUUUUGUGCCUCUGAUGCGUAAGAAAACAGGAAACCCAAGGGGGAUCACGUUACUGCAGAGGCUUGGAAUUGGAAUUUUGAUUCAAAUCUUUGCAAUCGCGGUUGCAUGCGCAGUGGAAGUAAGGCGAAUGCACGUCAUUAGAUUGCACCACAUUAAGGGGCCUGAGGAAAUUGUGCCAAUGACUAUUCUAGCUUUACUUCCACAAUAUGUUCUAUUGGGGAUUGCUGAUGUUUUCAAUGCCAUCGGAUUGCUGGAAUUUUUCUACGAUCAAUCGCCAGACGACAUGAGAAGCCUUGGGACUACGUAUUUCACGAGUGGGAUUGGCAUUGGGAAUUUCUUGAACAGCUUCUUAGUGACAAUGGUGGAUAAAAUUUCGGGAAGCCAUGGGGGGAAGAGUUGGAUCGGGAAAAACCUGAAUGAUUCCCAUUUGGAUUACUAUUACAGCUUCCUUCUUGUCAUAUGUACCAUAAACAUGGGAAUCUUUUUGUGGGCAUCAAGAAAGUAUGUUUACAAGAGGGAAUCUAUCGAAUUGAAGGUUGGGUGUCUGGAAUUGGAGAGCAAAGCCUUGGACCCGUCUCCGCUGGGAGUGCCUGUGUAAUUUGGGUGUAUUAGAUAAAUGGUGAGAGAAUCAAGAUCCGUUUAAACUUGAAAUAGCUAAACGUAUCUUGCUUUGUAUCGGUGUUUUUAUUUUUAUUUUUCCCCCACUUUCUGCUUACCUAUUACUGCUUUUUACCUA